GUGUGUGCAUCAGCCCUUCUCCCUAAACAAGACAACCGUUUUUAGGAUGAAGAGUCUUCUGCUCUUGCUUCUAUCAGUUGUAUUUUCUUAUGGAUUCCCGGUAUUUUCAGGGAAAGAAAAUGAAGAACAAAAUAGGCGCCUUGCACAGGAAUAUCUCAAUCAGUUUUAUGAGCAAGAAAAAGAACUGAGACAGCAAAGCUGGAAAAGCAGUAGUUCAUCCUUUGUGGACAAAAUCCAACAAAUGCAAGAAUUUUUUGGACUGAAUGUAACUGGAAAGAUAGAUGCAGACACACUGAAAGUGAUGCAGCAACCAAGAUGUGGUGUACCUGAUAUUGGACAGUAUGUAUUGGCUCUUCCUGGAUGGGAAAAAACCAAGCUUACAUACAGGAUUGUGAAUUACACACCUGAUAUGAAACAAGCUGAUGUGGACACAUCCUUCCAAAAGGCAUUUGAAAUCUGGAGUGCAGUAACUCCUCUGACUUUCAGCAGGGUUCAUAAAGGGAUAGCAGACAUCAUGAUUGAGUUUGCAACUAGAGUACAUGGCCUCUGUCCUCGGCAUUUUGAUGGUCCUCUGGGAGUCCUUGGGCAUGCUUUUCCCCCCGGCCAUCCCCUCCGUGGAAAUGUCCACUUUGAUGAGGAUGAAAACUGGACUACCAGCUUAGUUCAAUUCAACUUGCUGCUUGUUGCUGCUCACGAGAUUGGCCAUGCACUUGGUCUUGCGCAUUCCGGUGACCCAAGAGCACUGAUGUACCCAAAUUAUAAACCCAUUGACCCCAUUGAUUUCCCACUCGCCCAGGAUGAUAUUGAUGGCAUUCAGGCCAUCUAUGGGCCAUCACUAAAUCCGCCAAAAAAGCCAGUGAAGCCAACGUUGCCUAAGGCCUGUGAUCGGAAGAUAUCAUUUGAUGCCAUCACUACACUGCGAAGAGAAGUCAUAUUCCUAAAGGGGAGGCACCUCUGGAGAGUGUACCCCAGUCACUCUGAAGUUGAUCUAGAAUUAAUUUCUACCUUCUGGCCUUUUCUGCCAUCUGACAUCCAAGCUGUUUAUGAGAAUGUGAAUGAUCAACUCCUCUUUUUCAAAGAUAAUCUCUUCUGGAUCAUUACUGGAUUUAAGCUGCGGCCUGGCUAUCCCAAAACCAUUGACACAUUGGGCUUCCCACAAAACAUUAAGAAAAUUGAUGCUGCUGUUUUGGAUAAAAAUACCAGCAAAUCCUAUUUCUUUGUUGGUAACCAGUAUUGGAGGUAUAAUGAAAACAGUCAAUCCAUGGAUGAGGGCUACCCAAGGAAAAUAAGAGAUGAUUUCCCUGCAAUUGGCCAGAAGGUUGACGCUGUUUUUCAGCAUAAUGGAUUCUUCUAUUUUUUCCGUGGGUUGAAGCAAUGGCAGUUUGAUCUGAAUGCUAAAGAAGUGGUUUGUGUAAUGAAAAGCAACAGCUGGCUUAAAUGUUAGCAUUUUAAAAAUCGAUUUUCCUGUAAGGAAAGAAAAAUGUUCUAAGUAUAUUUCUGUUAGGACACCAAGAAUCUGGUACAUAUAAAACUAUGCAAUCUAGGUUUGUAGCUUAAAAACAAAAGGCCCUUUUCAAUGGUCUGUAUUUAAUCAGUAUACAUAUAAAACUAAAAACAGUGAUAGGACUUCCAUUAACUUUUUAUAACAGCACUAAUGCAUUUUCCUGAGAUGUGCUAUGCAAUCCUAUAUGCAUAUCUAUGCAGGAGUAAGACCCACUGAGUAAACUGAGACUUGUAUAGGCUUGCAACUUUUAACUGGUUUACACUCAGUGAAUGGGUUUGCAAUAAAACCUCUCUUCGCUGGUGUAGUCUAUGCUUAACAAUUUUGUGCAAGCGGAAACAAUCUGAAGCAACUGGGUUUUUUUUAAAAUGAAACAACUCUGACAUAUUACACAAUAACUCUUUCGAUAAAGUACAGAAUACGUGCAUUACGUAAUAAGAAAUGCUAUUGGGAAGUGGGGGAGAAAUGUAGAAAGGAAGGUUUAUAGGAAAUUAGUCCUUGGCAUAGCUUUUGGUUAUAAGUGAUAUACAUAGUUUCUACUGGGAAAUUAUGGGAGAAAAGAGGAGGACAAAUGUAGCUGAAGAUGAAGUCAGAAUAAACAUGGCUUAUAUAAAUGCCCAUGGCAUAGAACAAGGUCUAUCACUUUCAUAUGUUUUAAGGAAUAAAUUGUAUGGGCUCAUAGCUGGAUCAGAUUUUAGUAUGCAUCAGUAAACAGUUUCCAGGUCUAUUCUCAACAUAUUAGAACGUUUUUCAUGCCCAAAAUGCUUUUCAUAUAUUUAGAGCAAUCCUAAUGUUUUUGUUAGCUUGUUCAUGUGGGUUUUAAAUGCUCUAUGAAAUGUGUUGAUAGAUUUAUGACCCAUGGUUAUAUUAUACCUAUAUAUUGCUGAUUUGUUACAGUUCUUGUGAGAGACUUUGAGCAUAAUUUGGAAAAGUGGCAUAUAAAUAAUAAACAUGAUGAAAGUUAUAUUCUACCUAAGCCAAGCAGAUUACAAUCCAUAGUGUAACAGAAGAGAUUGUAUACACUUGUUACAU